UGGAGCGAGAAGACGAGUGUGCUCUGGGCUGGAGACCUGGAGCUGCUGCCUUACCACGGUACACUCUCACCACGACGCAGCUGCAAAGCAGCUCUCCAACGGAGGCGAACUGAGGCCAAGACGAGGUUCUCGGAGAAAAUCUGGGGCAGAAUCCCGCUGAUGACACACAUUGGCAGCGACGGCACGGCGAACACUUCGCACUGAGAGGUGGCGGCAGCGGCGGCGGCUCAGCGAGAGAGAAGGGGCUUCUGCACAUUCCUGGGAUGCUCCGGCACCCCGGCCGUGACCGAGAGCUCGGCUUGCCGCUGAGAACCCGGCAGCCCCGGUGCCUCGGCCACGCGUAGAGCGGCGGGUCGGAACCCUCGCGCCGCUGCGGAACGCGUCCAGUCGCUCGGGUACCCCCCCCCUCCGGCGACGCUCCUCCGGGGCCAGACGGGCGCGAGUCGCCGUGAAGUCGUCCGCGUCGCUCCUAUCCCCUCCCGGCGCCGCGCAGCCCCCGGUGCGAGAGCGGCGUCCCCGCGAGCCGAGCCAUGCAGGUGUCCAUCGCCUGCACGGAGCACAACCUGAAGGGGCGCAACGGGGAGCACGGCAAGCAAAGCGCCAGCAGCCCCAACAUGGUGAACGCGGCGCGGGCCAAGUUCCGCACGGUGGCCAUCAUCGCCCGCAGCUUCGGCUCCUUCACGCCGCGGCACCACAUCUCCCUGAAGGAGUCCACAGGCAAGCUGACGGGCAUGAAGUACCGGAACCUGGGCAAAUCGGGACUGCGGGUCUCCUGUCUCGGGCUCGGUACAUGGGUAACUUUUGGAGGUCAAAUUUCCGAUGAGGUUGCAGAGCAGCUCAUGACAAUCGCCUAUGAAAACGGGGUCAACUUGUUUGACACAGCAGAGGUGUAUGCUGCUGGGAGAGCUGAGAUCAUUCUGGGCAACAUCAUCAAGAAAAAGUGCUGGAGGCGUUCCAGUCUGGUCAUCACCACUAAGCUGUACUGGGGAGGAAAGGCUGAGACAGAGAGGGGCCUUUCCAGAAAGCACAUCAUUGAAGGACUCAAAGGGUCCCUCCAGAGGAUGCAGCUGGACUAUGUGGAUGUGGUGUUCGCCAACCGGCCGGACAGCAACACGCCCAUGGAGGAGAUUGUGAGGGCCAUGACGUACGUAAUCAACCAGGGCAUGGCAAUGUACUGGGGGACCUCACGAUGGACCGCUAUGGAGAUCAUGGAGGCGUACUCCGUGGCCCGUCAGUUCAACAUGAUCCCACCCGUGUGCGAGCAGGCCGAGUACCAUAUGUUUCAGAGGGAGAAGGUGGAGGUUCAACUACCAGAACUCUACCAUAAGAUAGGUGUGGGCGCCAUGACGUGGUCUCCCCUCGCCUGCGGCAUCAUCACGGGGAAGUACGAGAAUGGAAUUCCGGAAGCUUCCAGGGCUUCUAUGAAGUCAUACCAGUGGCUCAAGGACAAGAUAGUGAGUGAAGAUGGCAGGAAACAGCAGGCCAAGCUGAAGGAGCUGGGUCACAUCGCCGAGAAACUUGGCUGCACACUCCCUCAGCUCGCAGUGGCUUGGUGUCUCCGGAACGAGGGUGUGAGCUCUGUGCUCCUCGGGACUUCAAACCCAGAACAGCUGACUGAGAACCUGGGCGCUAUACAGGUGCUUCCAAAGAUGACAUCUCAUGUUGUGUCGGAGAUCGACCACAUCCUGGGAAACAGGCCCUACAGUAAGAAGGACUACCGCUCGUAGACCUCGGUGGCUCAGGGGUGCAGGGCUCUGGACUGAGGCCAGAUGCCUGCAGAGGUCCCCGUUCCUGGUGCAGAGCUGCUCGGCUUCUCGGCCCUGCAUCGCACGCUGAGCUUUCCCACCAUAACCGCAUGCCCGCAGGGAACGUGUGCCUGACUGUUUCCGAAACAUAGCGAACGACGACGCGAGGAAAACAUGUAGAAUAAGAAACCAAAACGCUGUACAUUGGUAUGACAAGGUACAUUAACUCCCAAAGCUGCAUCGUUACCCCCAACACACCUGUGCAUUAGUGAGUCGUGACCCCUGCACUUGCUUGUCCUCUGUGAGAGAACUUCCUUUUUGUAGAGCAUCGGAAGACGGACAACAAGCUGUCCUUGGCGGGAGGACGCAGGUGAAAAGCGCUCUUCUCUCCACUGCGCCAGCAGACUGCGCCUUUGCGUCCAUCAGGAGCGUAGAAAGAACCUCGUCGUCCGAGCCUAUAGGAGAAACGCCCGUCUCGUCUCUGCCUGUGUAUUAAAAUUGCACUGAUUGAUAAAUCCAACGAUCGGAAUGUAUCAGAAGCAACACGUCGACUGCGAAGAACAAGGAGUAUAUCUAUAAUGCUUGUUUACUGAAGGGCUGGGGUGAAUACAAGUCGUAUAUACGUAUAAGUAUUAUAAUAAAACAUACCUUCACAAGUUUGUUUUUUAGGAUGAACACUGUAAAAUACCCACGUGACCUCAGAGCCUCCUCGCUGAUGGAACAGCCUGUAAAUAAGUGUGUGUGUGCAGGUGCGUGCUCCCUGAGGCUGUUCUGAAAGUGAUGCUCCCUCUUAUCUUCCUUCCUGAAGCUGGCAAACCUGGGCCUUGGUUUUCCACUUUGCGCCG